AUGGAAUUAAAAGUCAAGGAAGACCAGCUAAUUAAUAUUUUAAGCUUGGCAUUAAUACAAGCUGAACCAAAAUUUGAAGUACCUCCAGAAAUUGUUGAUCAAGUAUAUCCUGGAGUCUGGGCCUCUGAGGUUCCAGGAAAAGCUAAAAAUGCAGCCUCUAUAGUAAUUAAGCUGAGACCAGGAGAAGAACCUGUCAAAGUUAAGCAAUAUCCCCUGAAACUAGAUGAUAGGAAGGGGAUCAAGGAAAUAAUUGACAAGUUUCUACAAUAUGGAGUAUUGAUUGACUGUGAAUCAGAAUAUAAUACACCUAUACUACCAAUUAAAAAGGCAGACGGGAAAAGCUAUAGGUUGGUCCAAGAUCUGAGAGCCAUAAAUAAGAUUACUGAAGAUAUACAUCCAGUAGUCGCAAAUCCAUAUACUUUGUUAACAAAACUAAAAGAUAACCAAGUUUGGUUUACCGUGCUGGAUUUGAAGGAUGCCUUCUUCUGCCUGACCUUAGCCGCAGAAAGUCAGAAUUUGUUUGCUUUUGAAUGGGAAAAUCCUGAGUCCGGAAGAAGAACUCAGCUAACAUGGACAGUAUUACCUCAAGGCUUUAAGAAUAGCCCCACUAUCUUUGGAAAUCAAUUGGCAAAAGAGCUUGAAACUUGGGUACCUCCAGACAAUGAAGGAAUCUUGUUACAAUAUGUGGACGAUCUCUUAAUAGCUACUGAAACCAGGAAAAGUUGUAUUCGAUGGACUGUGAAUCUUCUUAAUUUUUUGGGUUUAAGUGGAUAUCAGGUCUCUCAACAGAAAGCCCAGCUGGUUCGACAGCAUGUGACCUACCUGGGACUUGAAAUCUCGGGAGGACAACGGGAGCUUGGGACCGAGCGAAAAGAAGCCAUUUGCCGAACCCUGGAACCCCAAACGGUAAAAGAGCUGCGGACCUUUCUGGGAAUGGCAGGUUGGUGUUGCCUUUGGAUAUAUAAUUACGGAUUAUUGGUAAAGCCAUUAUAUGAAUUGAUAAAGAAAGACCAGACAAAAGUAACUUGGACUGGAGAAGCACGAAACGCAUUUAAGCAACUCAAACGAGAACUAAUGAGAGCUCCUGCUCUGGGACUGCCGGAUGUUUCAAAACCAUUUUGGCUGUUUUCUCAUGAGAGACAAGGAAUAGCUUUAGGAGUACUAGCACAAAGACUUGGUCCCUAUAAACGAGCAGUAGCUUAUUUCUCCAAACAACUGGACGAGGUGAGCAAAGGAUGGCCUGGCUGCCUUCGAGCUGUUGCAGCAGUUGUUAUCAAUAUUCAAGAGGCCCGAAAGUUUACCAUGGGACAGAAAAUAACGGUGUUAGUCUCCCAUACAGUUUCAGUGGUUUUGGAACAAAAAGGAAGCCAUUGGCUCUCGCCCCAGAGACUCUUAAAGUACCAAGCAGUAUUAGUAGAACAAGAUGAUGUAGAAAUUGUAGUUACUAACAUUGUCAAUCCAGCCUCUUUUCUUAGUGGAACUUUGGAUGAACCAGUGACACAUGACUGCAUAGAAACAGUAGAAACUAUAUAUUCCAGUCGACCAGACCUCAAAGAAGAACCUCUGGAGGAUGCUGAAAACUCCUGGUAUACCGACGGGAGUAGUUUUAUAAAACAGGGACAACGUAAAGCAGGAUAUGCAAUCACAACCACCCAACAGGUAAUCGAAUCUAAGUCAUUGCCUUCCGGAACUUCAGCCCAAAAGGUGGAGAUAAUUGCCCUUACCCGAGCAUUGGAAUUGGCAAAAGGGAAAAAGAUAAACAUUUGGACAGAUUCUAAAUAUGCAUUUGGAGUAGUUCACGCUCACGGUGCAAUUUGGAAGGAACGAGGAUUGCUAACUGCUCAAGGAAAGCAAAUAAAACAUGCAGAAGAAAUCUUAAAACUAUUAGAAGCCGUGAAGCAACCAGAAAAGGUAGCUAUCAUGCAUUGUCGAGGACACCAGAAAGGAAACACAGAUUCAGAAAUUGGAAAUCGACUAGCAGAUUAUGAGGCUAGGCGGGUGGCGGAAGAAGUGGAAGCAGAGACAUUAUCCUUAAUACCAGACGGUAAAAUCCAAACUAUUUUUUCAGGACAACCUCUGGAGGAGAAAUGGGACGGACCCUAUCAAGUGUUGCUGAUGACCUUCAAUGCCAUUAAGAUCAAGGAACAGCCGGCCUGGAUUCACUAUUCAAGAGUAAAGAGAGCACCUGAGAGGCCAUGGACAGUCAUCCCUACAGGACCCACGGGUCUGCGAUUCUCCAGAUCAUGAUGGUAACAGAGUUAUUACUCGGUUCAAAUGAAGCUCGAUGGAACUUGAACUCACAUUUUUCCUUGACCCAAAAUGUUUCCCAAAUCCUGAACAGAACUGACUGUUGGAUAUGUACUCACAUGCCAGAACAUGGGGGAAAAGGAAUCUCGCUAAU